GAAUUUAAUUGAUCAUCACAGAUGAAUUAACAUGCGAAUCUGUCUCUUUUUUUGCUUUUAGUUGUUCUAGACCCAGUAAACAUGUAUGUGCUGUAGUAAAUGUGUUCCGUUGGUUCUCUUCCUAGCUUGAUAGCCAGCAGUAGCUUAUUCAAACUACUCCAUCUGUCUUGACAAUAGAUGUGAAAUUAACACUUAUAGGAACAAGAUGAUGAAAAACUGGGGUGUAAUUGGUGGGAUAGCUGCUGCCAUGGCUGCUGGAGUGUAUGUACUAUGGGGGCCAAUUUCAGACAGGAAGAAGAAGAGAAAAGGUAUGGUUCCUGGUCUGCUUAAUCUGGGGAACACAUGCUUUAUGAACUCCCUUCUCCAGGGCCUGGCAGCGUGUCCUUCCUUCAUCAGAUGGCUUGAAGAUUUUGCAAGUGAAAGCAGUGUCCAUCCAGAGAGAACAGAGAGAGAAACUCAGCUGUCCAGAUCUCUGAUGCAGUUACUUAAAGCCCUAUCAAGUCAUGAUCCUGGAGAAGAUGACGUUUUAGAUGCGGGAGGCCUUUUAGAAGCUCUCAGACUUUACAGAUGGCACAUCAGCUCCUUUGAAGAACAGGAUGCUCAUGAGCUCUUUCAUGUUCUUACGUCAUCGUUAGAGGAGGAACGGGAACGCCAACCCAGAGUCGCUCACCUGUUCGACAUGCAAACACUGGAGAAAUCUGUGGAGUCCAAAGAAAAAAACAUAAGCUGCAGAAGUGGAGGCCCAUUACAUCCUAUUCCGAGUUUAUGGAGGACUCGGCAUCCUUUUCAUGGGCGGUUAACAAGUUAUAUGGCUUGCAAGCGCUGUGAGCAGCAGAGUCCUGUGCACUAUGAUUCUUUCGACAGCUUGUCUCUUUCAAUCCCCUCGGUACAGUGGGGCCGACCGGUUACUUUGGACCAGUGUCUGCAGCAUUUCAUCUCCUCUGAAACCAUCAAAGAAGUGGAGUGUGAAAACUGUACCAAGCAGCAGGCUGAAGAGCUUGUAAAUGGAGAAGUCCUUGAGAGUCAGAGGACGACGUUUGUCAAACAGCUGAAACUUGGGAAGUUGCCUCAGUGCCUCUGCAUCCAUUUGCAGAGACUGACAUGGUCUAAAGAGGGCACUCCCAUAAAGAGACAAGAGCAUGUUCAGUUUACUGAAUAUUUGUCUCUGGAUCGAUACAAACAUUGCACUGCUGGUCAAAACCUGCAGAGGACCAGCAGAACAAACAAGCCCAUAUCUGCCAAAGCUGCUGGAGAACCAAAAGACAAAAGCAUCGCCAAUGGUGUUGCAGAUUCAGAACACUGUAACAACAAUAAGCCACUAUCCAAUAGAACCUUUCAGUCUAUCUUUCUACACUCACCAGGACUGAGCUCACAACUCAACCUCACUUACAACUACAGCGCCUCGGAGUACCUCUUCCGCUUAACGGCUGUGCUGGUUCACCAUGGCGACAUGCACUCAGGACAUUUUAUCACUUACCGCCGCUGCCCUGCUGCUCCCCGUGGAACUUCUCCUUUUAGCUCCCAGUGGCUCUGGGUUUCUGAUGAUUCUGUGAGGAAAGCUAGUCUUCAGGAGGUGCUCUCCUCCAGCGCAUAUCUGCUCUUUUACGAACGAGUGCAAAGGCAUGGUCUGAGGGUAGAAGAGUAGCAUCUCAGCUGACCUGGGUUACUUGUUCUUAGUUUAAAGCUAGAGUGUUAACCCUCGUUUCUCUCCAUUCCAGACCAUGCCACUAUGUCCAAGUGCAAUCAUGCAUCCCUGUGCAUGCAGUUUGGUGUGCAUGUUGUUUCUGAUCUCUCUCUCUUUGUGAGAAAGAGAGAGGGAAGAUGAAGGUUCUGUAAAUCACCAGUUUCCACCUUAAUCUUGCUCAGUGUCUAUGGCGGUUGUUGUUUUAGAAAACUCCUAAGUCAUUAUCUGAGUGUAGGAAUGAUGCCAGUCAUGAUUACUAGUUGCCACUAAUAUGGGAUUCACAUGGAGAUUUGAACUUGGGUUUUGUCAGGAAAACUACAUUUCAUGAUAAUGUUUUGUUGCAAAUUGACCCAGAAUUGUUGCCUUCCUCAUUAAGCUAAUGAUUUGUUAGACAAGUAAAUUUUACAUGGUUUCUCAUGUAUUUUUUUUUUUUAUUUUUUUUUUUUAAAUGCAAUUCACAUAUAACAGUCUUCUGUAACAUGUAAACACCACUAAGUAGUUUGUUUCACAUUUUGGACUAAAAGAACACAAAAUCAUGGAAUGUAUCAGCAGGUGUUUAGUGUCUAUGUAGAUAGUUUUUCUAUAAAUCCUCUUUAUUUUUUGUUUUGUUGUAUGAUUGACAUAUCCUAUCAUUUUAACUUUAGUGAAUGCCUGGAAGGGACAUUUAUGAGGAAUAUGAGGAGAAUGCUAACCCAUAUUCCAGAUCCUGAGUAUUUACCACAUAGAUUUUCAUCUUACAUAAAUAUUUCAGUCUAUGUCCAUUUCCAGUGUUAUGUAAAUUCCUUAAUAUAUGUUGAUUGUAAAUUAUGCUAUUUGCACAAUUGUAUAUUUUUAUGGUAUUAGUGUGUAUGAUUGUGUGGGUAAACAUUUUUUCACAUGUAAAUUAAAUUAAAUUCCGCAGCUGUAAUAUAUUUUGUUUAACCUUUUUCCACUUCUUCGCUUGGUUUAAAUCACAUAACUAAAACCCUCUGAAGUUUUUUUGCUCUUGAAAGUGCCAUCUACGAAUGACUUGGAAUGUAGUGCAUGAAUCAUUUAAAAGAAAAGUUUUUCUUUAUUUUUUUUGUUCAACAGCCCCUGUCAUCAUUCAUUUUCGUUAUUUAAAAAUUAAAUCAAUAUUCUGCCUAAUA